AUGAGUCCCAACUUUACAAACCGCACAGCAGCGGUGGCGCUGAUCUUGGCUCAUCUGUUUGGUCUCUUCGCCUUGCAUGGCUCGCUUUACCGAAGUGGUUACAUCGACGCCCUGAUUCGGCUUUGGUGUGAAGGACCGCAUUACUUGCCUGGCUCGACGAACACGAUCCUCCCACGCUACACCGGGAUCAACUUGUUGGACAAGCUUCUGACACUGGCCGGUGUCAUGUUCGCAAACGUGACGGAUGGCUCGCUCCCGCAGCUCUCCCUCUACGCGGUUCACUUCGCCGGGCAGUAUCUUGGUAUACUCACAGUCCUGAUGCUGGAGGGCAUGAGAAGCGGCAACCAGUCCAGCACAUUCCGUUUCUUUUCUUGCUGGGCUUGUGCCAUGCAGAUCUUCAGUUACGGGCUCGUGAUGCCGCUCUACGGUGUCCUCCACCUUCUGACUUCGUCGGCCUCAGGAGUGUUCGGUACGGAGCUAGCGGAAGCAGCUUCCAUCAUAAACGUACUCGACGUGGAAGUGGUGCCUGAGGCUCUGCUUAUAGGAUAUACUCUACCAGCGAUCUUGAUGAGUCUCCCCCUACCGUCCAAUAGCCUUCAUCAAUGGUUCGGUGGCUUGUGGCAAGGGUCCCCUUUGUGGUCUAUGAUAAUGCGGAAGAUUCUAUGCCCCCGGCUCCCGGCGAACGUCCAGCCCCUGCGUGCCUCGAACGUUGGUAAGAAAGAAUGGGAAUCGGACCUCGGCACGACGGAUUCGACGUCAACAGGACGAAAUAACGAAAGUGACAAAUACCGCAUCAUAUCCCGGGCUUAUAUCUUCGCGUUUAUCUGUUGUGCGGCGUCUCACCUCGUGCUAGUCGUCAUUAUCUUCGCAGUCUGGAUAUACCCUUCCGGUUUUACCUCAUCUACGAGGGCAAGAAUGACUCUAUCAGAAGUCUUCAUGCCCACACCGUUCUACACGACAGAGAAAAUGCUGUCCAUGGGCUCGGCGAUGCACGCCUUCUUUCAAUACGAUCAGUACAUCGGCUCAACAGCUGCGAUUAUCUGGUCCUCGACCCUGUACAUCAACUCAAGAAGUCAGCCGCUGGCUGCAAUUGGUUGGAUCAAGCUUGCCUUUGUGGUGACGGUGUUAUCGUUGAUCUCGGGGCCUGCCGGUGCGGUGAUAUGGCUUAUGUGGGAAAGAGAGUUGGUUUUGCUGUCCUACUGUUGA